GGGGAGUGAGUACCCAAAGGGAACCCCAGCCCCGGAGGACCCGGGAUUGUCCUUUCAAAUCUCUACUUCUCACUUCGGGGCGGAGUUUCCACCCCAUGGGGUCCCGCCCUAGGUUCCCUUGAUGGCUUAGGGAAAUGAAAGUCUCCAGGGAUCGGGCCUGACCCAACUCGUGAUCUAGCGCCCCGCGGUCCCAACACAGAUUCCUCUCCUCCACCCCCAUGGCCGCACUGAGCCCGCUGCUGCUGGCCGCACUUCUGUGGGUUCCUGCAGGGACCCUGACCUGCUACGGAGACUCGGAGCAGCCUGUAGACUGGUUCGUCGUCUACAAGCUGCCGGCCCACAGCGGGCCGGGGGCUGGGGCUCAAACGGGGUUGCAGUACAAGUACUUGGAUGAGGGUUCAGGGGGCUGGCGCGACGGCGCGAGGUCCAUCGACAGCUUGGAGGGAGCCGUAGGCCGCAGCUUGCUGCCGCUGUACAAGAACACCAGCCAGCUAGCCUACCUACUUUACAAUGACCAACCGCCUAAGAACUACAGGACUCAGAACUCUUCUAGUCGAGGGCACACGAAGGGUGUGCUACUUCUGGAUGAAGAAGGGGGCUUCUGGCUGGUCCACAGCGUCCCUGGGUUUCCUACAAGUGAUGCAUACGGAUGGCCUCCUAACGCCCAAAAAUAUGGGCAGACCCUGCUCUGUGUGUCUUUUACCUUCGACCAAUUCUCAAAGAUUGGCAGACAGCUGACCUACACCUACCCCCAGGUGUAUGACUACAGGCUGGAAGGGGUCUUCACCAAGAAAUUACCCGACCUGGAGGAAGCGGUCAAGGGCCACCAUGUUGACCAAGGACCCUGGAACAGCAGUGUAACACUCACAUCAAAGGCAGGGGCCAUCUUCCAGAGCUUUGCCAAAUUUGGAAAGUUUGGAGAUGACCUGUACUCCGGCUGGUUGGCGGAAGCCCUUGGCAGCAACCUGCAGGUCCAGUUCUGGCAACACUCCAGUGGCAUUCUGCCCUCCAACUGCUCCGGGGCCCAGCAAGUGCUCGACGUGACCCAGAUAGCCUUCUCUGGGCCAGCUGGGCCCACCUUCAGUACUGCAGAAGACCACUCCAAGUGGUGUGUAGCCCCAGAAGGGCCCUGGGCCUGUGUGGGUGACAUGAAUCGAAAUGCUGGAGAGAUGCAUCGAGGUGGGGGCACGGUGUGCACCCAACUGCCUGCCUUCUGGAAGGCCUUCCAGCCUCUGGUGAAGGCCUGGAUGCCCUGUGGGGAGGAGAAUAGUGCCUUGUCUCCAGGAAGCCCAGCAGAGCAUAGAAAAGCUAAGGCUUAGGAGCCAAUUUACAUUUCAGUUUAAAUCCCAGUUUAGUCCCUUCCUAAUUGCGUGACCGUAACUAUGUGCCUCAACCUGUGACUCAGUCUACUUAUUUGCAAAAUAGAAACCACAACACCUGGCUCCGGAUUUGUGAGAAAUAAAAGGAA